AAGUUUAGACGCGGGGCUAGAUUCCUGGGGCUGACUGUACAUCAGGCCCUUCGCCGGGCGAGAGUUAUUUUCGCGUCGUGCAGAAGUUUACAUCGCCUUUGGCUAUUAUAACCCAGUUGCAAUACCACACGCAUAAGCAGUUGAAACACUGUUAGGUUACCAUGGCGACGAGAUUUGUUUAUACUUUACGCCAAAGAAUUGGUCGUAAGGAAGUUCAGGAUCAAUGGCGCCUACUAUACAAAUAAAGGUGGUUGGGCUUCUUGGAGAGCCAUCGUUUCACUGCGCUAAGAGUGUUGCUGAGGCUCUCAAGCAGACAUUUCCAUCUAAACUAGAAGAUCCCAUUGUUCUUCCACUGCUGGAAUAUCAGUGGCGUGAAUUUGUUGGGAAUAUAAAACAGGAGUUCAAAGGUGAGAUAUGGGAUUUCACUUCCUCUGUCAUGUGCUUUCUUGAUGGUCACCCUCUUGGAAAUGAGGAGGCCUUGCUGAAGCUGGCUGAAGAGGAGUUUCACUAUAAAGAUUUCAGGCCUGAAGCACUCUACUUAGCAUUUGCUUCUGAUUUUUACACAAAGUAUCAGAAUGCAAAAAAGCAUACCUUUGUAUUUUUGGAUAUAUCCAUAGAUGGCCAGUUGACUGGAAGGAUGCUUUUUGAGCUGUUCUCAGAUAUUUGUCCAAAGACCUGUAAGAACUUCCAGGCACUGUGCACAGGAGAGAUGGGAACUUCAAAAAGUGGGCUGAUUCUGCAUUAUAAGGGAUCCAUAUUUCACAGACUUGUGAAAAAUGGCUGGAUACAAGGAGGAGAUAUUGCAGCUGGAAGAGGAAAUGGUGGAGAGUCAAUUUAUGGACCAGUAUUUGAAGAUGAAAGUUUUGCUGUACCACACAAGAGGAGAGGGGUAUUGGGAAUGAGUAACAAGGGGCGUCACACAAAUGGCUCCCAGUUCUACAUAACAUUACAGCCUGCUACAUGGAUGGACACCAAAUAUGUGGCUUUUGGCUACCCCAGCAUCCCCUUCCAUCAUUGGGUCUGCCAGCCUUUCCUACUGUCCCAAGACUGUCUCCAUACUAAGGAUGGUGCCAUCUCAGAACCUUGAGGGAAUCUAGGAGGUUGUGCCAUAGACUUGCUUCUACUGGGUGAUUUUCUUCAAUUAUGACCUACCUCUUGGUAUUCCACCCUCCUUGCAUUUUCCUGUUACAUCUGAGAGCUACUCCCACAUGCUAUUAUGAUGUGUGGUGUUGCCAUUUGCCAUAGAGAAUAGGGCAGUGCAUGUGUAA